CAUAGCACUUUAUUCACACCAACACUAACAAGUAUUCACUGUAAUACAGUUCGGCGUUUACCAACACAUUUCUUAUUUCAAAACAAAAAAGGACGCCAUGGAAAAUUUAACACUGCAGCAAUUAAUUGAUCUUCAGAAUAUACAAAAAGAGUUGAACAGUAUUAAGGAUACCUAUCUAAAGACCUACCGCCAGGUCCUCAAAAAGAAAUUUAAAACAGAACUAAACAAUUUAGUCCGGGCUGAUUUCAACAUAGUAAAAUCCGAGUUAAAAGUUCCACCAUUACCGGCCCUUCCUGUCGAAGAAGAGAGAAAUGCAUCCGCGAUACAAUUCAGCGAGUUGGCUAAGGACUACGAAUUCACUAUGGACUGUUUGUCCUUGCUGUAGGAUUGCUCCGAUCGGUCUUUGGUGCUGUUAAGCCAAUAUCCACGAAGCACGCGAUAUGUGUGCUGCAGGCAUUCCACCGAGGGGGAUUGGCUCUAGGAAUACAGAUUAUACACAUUACAUAAGGAAUUAUUGACAGUAGUGGACCUUACAUUAAAUAACGGUACGAUGGGCCGUUUAUUGAACUCG